GCAAUCACGCUAGGUGUAUCAUUACAGUUGUGUUGUGUACCGUUAUACUGCAAUUUUUUUUUGCAUAUGUGUGAAUAGACCUUCGUCCACCUUCUUCAAUUUCAUUGUUAAUCUGCCACAUAUGCAUUCUCGAUUUUGUGCUGGAAACACGUGGAACGCGACAAGUAGCGGGCUGUCAUUUCGCAAUUUCUACGAAUAUUCGCAAAGUUUAGCGUUGUGCGAUACAAUAAGACAACAGAGAUGCGACGAUCGAUGAUAAAUUGCAACCAAGUGCAAACUCAAGUGAUAACGGAAGGUCGUUGGAUAGAGGAGGAUCCGCUACCCCAUUCCAGCAAGCACGUAGUGCUCGUUAUUCCUGGGAAUCCAGGUGUUCCGCGAUUCUACGAGGGAUUCAUCAAGGCGCUCAACUCGAGAUUAACUCUGGACACACCUGUGUGGGUCAUCGGACACGCUGGACACGUCCAACCGCCGGACAACUUGGAGAUUGCUAUGCCCGGUGACGAGAAAUGGGCAGAAUGCUAUAGUUUGCAAGCGCAGAUUCAACACAAGGUAGAAUUCAUAAAAAAGUACAUUCCAGAGGAUGCGCAGCUACAUCUUAUUGGACAUUCCAUAGGUGCCUGGUUUGUGCUCAAUUUACUGAAGAAUAAUGACAUUAACAAAAGGAUAAAGAAAUGUUAUAUGUUGUUUCCUACGGUAGAAUAUAUGGCAGAGAGCCGUAAUGGGAUUUUCUUUUGUAGCUGUGUAUCACGCAUUGCACCAGUAUUGAUUUUCCUAUCUUGGAUCUUCACAGGAAUGUUUCCAGUCUCUCUACAAUCAUUAAUGAUACGUAUUUUUGGUAUAUUUUGGGGUAUUCCAGCCAGAUCUAUCAAAGCGGUUCAGGAAAUGUUGAAUCCAAAGGCCUUAGAUAAAAUACUCAAUCUUGCCAGAGAAGAAAUGAAGUAUGUCAAAGAAGCUGACCAUGAGACUAUAUCAAAAUAUACUGAUAAACUUUGGUUUUAUUAUGGCGCCAAUGAUGGUUGGACUCCAAUGAAAUACUAUAAGAAUAUGAUAUUAAAACAUCCUAAUCUAAAUGCUCAAUUGUGCCAACGCGGUUUCCAACAUUCCUUUGUACUGAAAAAUGACAUGGACAUAGGACACAUCGUAGGCGAUCUCAUUAAUGAAGAUUCGAGACAUUGAUGUCUUGUAUUUAAAUUGCAUUUAAUAGUUACAUUUAUGUCUCACUUCAAUUUUUUUAUGAUAUUUUUUGGAGUAAGGGUAUAUAUUAUUGUUUUUUUUAAAUCAUUGUUUUAUAUUAUUUUAUAUUUAUUGUUAUUAUUUUAUAUGAUUAGAAUUGUUAUAUUCAUACAAGAAUACAUCAAGAAUUUUUUUUUAAUUAUAUAUAAAAAAAUGAACAAACAAUACAAUGCUCAGUUUAUAUUGUACCAAAAAUGAUUGAAAUUUUGCAAUAAAAUGUUAAUACAAAAGAA